GAGACGGGGCCGCCGCGUCCCAGAAGUCUCCGCGGAGCGCUCCUGGCUGCGGAGAGCCGGCGGCGGGCGCGGGAGCAGGCGUCGGUGGACCUUCGUUUCAUUCGCUUGUUUUAUGCGGUGCUGAGGAUCGAACCCGCUGCCUCCCACACGCUGGGCAAGCGCGCACCGCGGAGCCCCAGCCCAGCCCCUCACUUCUCAGUUUCUGCACCCCCUUCCUUGCAUAUGGGGACCAGCCCAGUUACCUGACCCAUCCAGGACUGCACCUUGGGCCUCCAGCCUGUCCCUGGACAGCACAGCCUGUGGGCCUGUUGAAACCUACAUAGAUCACAGGCCUCCUGGCACCUGCAAGGCCCAGGAGCAGCCCCCUGCUCUCCUGCCCUCACCCCUCAGGCUUGGUCCAGCACCUGGGCUUUGCCCUGGCUGCUCCCGCCAGCUGAACCGUCCUCCCUCUGGUGUGCCUUACUCAGGACCGGUGACUGUCCCUGCGCACUGGGCACAAUGGACCUGGCUUACGUGUGCGAGUGGGAGAAGUGGCCCAAGAGCACCCACUGCCCAUCGGUGCCCCUGGCCUGUGCUUGGUCCUGCCGCAACCUCAUCGCCUUCACCACGGACCUCCGCAGCGAUGACCAGGACCUGACCCGCAUGAUCCAUAUCCUGGACACAGAACACCCCUGGGACGUGCACUCCGUCAGCUCCGGGCACAGCGAGGCCAUCACCUGCCUGGAGUGGGACCAGUCAGGCUCCCGACUCCUUUCGGCCGACGCGGACGGGCAGAUCAAGUGCUGGAGCAUGGCGGGUCACCUGGCCAACAGCUGGGAGAGCUGUGUGGGCAGCCUGGUGGAGGGGGACCCCAUCGUGGCGCUGUCCUGGCUGCACAACGGGGUGAAGCUGGCUCUGCACGUGGAGAAGUCAGGUGCCUCCAGCUUUGGUGAGAAAUUCUCCCGGGUCAAGUUCUCGCCCUCGCUCACGCUGUUUGGUGGCAAGCCCAUGGAGGGCUGGAUUGCAGUGACCGUCAGUGGCCUGGUCACUGUGUCCCUGCUCAAGCCCAGUGGGCAGGUGCUGACGUCCACUGAGAGCCUGUGCCGGCUGCGUGGCCGUGUGGCACUGGCUGACAUCGCCUUCACCGGGGGCGGCAACAUCGUGGUGGCCACGGCGGACGGCAGCAGCGCCUCUCCAGUGCAGUUCUACAAGGUGUGCGUGAGCGUGGUCAGCGAGAAGUGCCGCAUCGACACGGAGAUCCUGCCCUCGCUCUUCAUGCGCUGCACCACGGACCUCAGCCGCAAGGACAGGUUCCCUGCCAUCACCCACCUCAGGUUCCUGGCCCGCGACAUGUCCGAGCAGGUGCUCCUGUGUGCGUCCAGCCCGACAAGCAGCCUCGUGGAGUGCUGGUCCUUGCGUAAGGAGGGGCUGCCCGUGAACAACAUCUUCCAGCAGAUCGCUCCCGCCGUCGGUGACAAGCAACCCAUGAUCCUCAAGUGGCGGAUCCUGUCGGCCACCAACGACCUGGAUCGCCUGUCGGCCGUGGCACUGCCCAAGCUGCCCAUCUCGCUCACCAACACGGACCUCAAGGUGGCCAGCGACACACAGUUCUACCCCGGCCUCGGCCUGGCCUUGGCCUUCCACGACGGCAGCGUCCACAUCGUGCAUCGCCUCUCGCUGCAGACCAUGGUGGUCUUCUACAGCUCCGCGGCCCCGCGCUCCGUGGACGAGCCAGCCCUGAAGCGCCCGCGCGCCACAGGCCCUGCCGUGCACUUCAAGGCCAUGCAGCUGUCCUGGACCUCCCUGGCCCUCGUGGGCAUCGACAACCACGGGAAGCUGAGCAUGCUGCGUAUCUCGCCCUCCAUGGGCCACGCGCUGGAGGUGAACCUGGCCCUGCGGCACCUGCUCUUCCUGCUGGAGUACUGCAUGGUGACGGGCUACGACUGGUGGGACAUCCUGCUGCACGUGCAGCCCAGCAUGGUGCAGAGCCUGGUGGAGAAGCUGCACGAGGAGUACAUGCGCCAGAGCGCAGCGCUGCAGCAGGUGCUCUCCACCCGGAUCCUGGCCAUGAAGGCCUCACUCUGCAGACUCUCCCCCUGCACGGUGACACGCGUGUGUGACUACCACACGAAGCUCUUCCUGAUGGCCAUCAGCUCCACGCUCAAGUCCCUGCUUCGCCCCCAUUUCCUCAACACGCCCGACAAGAGCCCUGGCGACCGGCUGGCUGAGAUCUGUGCCAAGAUCACUGACGUUGAUAUCGACAAGGUCAUGAUCAACCUCAAAACAGAGGAGUUUGUCCUGGACAUGAACACGCUGCAGGCCCUGCAGCAGCUUCUGCAGUGGGUGGGCGACUUCGUUCUUUACCUCCUGGCUAGCCUGCCCAACCAGGGCUCCCCACUGCGGCCGGGCCACAGCUUCCUGCGGGACGGCACCUCGCUGGGCAUGCUGCGGGAGCUGAUGGUCGUCAUCCGCAUCUGGGGCCUGCUGAAGCCCAGCUGCCUGCCUGUGUACACGGCCACCUCGGACACCCAGGACAGCAUGUCCCUGCUCUUCCGCCUGCUCACCAAGCUCUGGAUCUGUUGCCGCGACGAGGGCCCCACGAGUGAGCCGGAUGAGGCCCUGGUGGACGAGUGCUGCCUACUGCCCAGCCAGCUGCUGGUUCCCAGCCUGGACUGGCUGCCCGUCAGCGAUGGCCUGGUCAGCCGCCUGCAGCCCAAGCAACCCCUGCGCCUGCACUUUGGCAGGGCACCCACACUGCCGGGCAGUGCUACCGCCUUGCAGCUAGACAGCCUCGUCAGGGCACCAGGCCAACCCAAGAUGGACCACCUGCGGCGGCUGCACUUGGGUGCCUACCCCACGGAAGAGUGCAAGGCCUGUACCAGGUGCGGCUGCGUCACGAUGCUCAGGUCGCCCAACGAGACCACAGCGGUCAAGCAGUGGGAGCAGCGCUGGAUCAAGACCUGCCUGUGUGGGGGGCUGUGGCGGCGGAUGCCCCUCAGCUGCUCCUGACAGUGCUGCAGCUGGGCGGGAAAGAGACCUGGGUGGACCUGGUGCUGCUGACUCUGCAGGGCCCUAGGGCCAGGUGCCCUUCCCUGUCUGUCUUGGGGGCUGUUGGAGGCUCUGCAGGGACCUUGGUCAGCGGGCCUCUUGGGCCUCAGGCCUUGGCUGCUGCAGAGGGUCUGGUGGACUGCAGGCCACACUGUUGCAUUGGUUUCUUUCCUGUUCCUCAGAGUCCCUUCGGAGCAGGGUUGGGGACAGGGCUCGGCUGGGCCUUGUGUCCCCAGGCCUGGGCCUGGGUUGUCACUGAGGGCCCCCAUGCCACACCGGGCCAUCUCAGUUACUUUGUUCUGAGGUUAGCCAGCACUUAUGGGCCACCAAGUGUAUGCACACUUAGGCAGAGGAGGCAGAGCACAGAGGGAAGGCCUGGAGACUCUCUGCCUGUGGGUCCUGUGCCCUCCACUCUGCCCCCCUCCGCCCGCCCCUGCCCGGCCCCUCCCCCACAGCACUGCUCAGCCCAAGGCCCUGGUUCUGCAGCCCUGCCUUGUGCCCCAGGGGUCCGCCUUCUGCCCAUUAGUGGCUCCUGCUGCCUCAGGCGGGAGAGGCUUCCAGAGGCAGCCUGCCUGCUGAGUGGUAAUUGGUGUGCUGGUGUUCUUUCUGGAAGGCUCCAGGGAGGGUGGGACGGGCAGCCGCCCCACAGAGGCCAGCUCAGCAUGGCUGUCUGCACUUCAUCAUGGCCUGCCCAUCAUCUGGCUGGGCUCCUGAGGGGCCCGGCGUGCUAGGCAGCUCACAGCUGCAGGACAGGCACACUGUCCCUGCGCUGUGCUGGGUAGGUGGGCAGCAGGCUCCGUCCCACUCCUGCCUUCACCCAGAGUGAAGUAGACAGCCUCUCUGGGUCAAGAUGCAGCCUGGGACAGGCGGCAGGGCAGGGGUCUCUGCCCAAUGACCAGAGCCCAUGAGAGGCCUUGCGCCUGCAUGGCCCUUCCGCAGAGCCUCCAGGAGAGGCGGGGUCUGGUCCCUCCCUCCUGUCAGGCGUCCUCCCUAGCCUGGGCUGCUAUGUGGGGAGUCUGGACGCCUGGGCCACAGGGAAGACACCUGCAGAGGCCUGGAUGCUGCAGAUGAGGCUGGGGUGGGCCACUGGCCACUCUUGGCUCCUCUCUGACCCACAGUCAGGAGCCCUAAGCCCAAGGGAGUUGAUGUCCCUGGAUGAACAACUACACCAUUUCAUAAGUCACUGUGACAGGCCAGACUCCUGGGCACUGUGGGGCAGGGCCCCUGUGGGCCCUUUCUGGAAUGUUCCAUAAGCUGAGUCUCAGGCUCACUCUCCUGCCCUCCAGAGCCCUCUGUGGCUCACUGAGGGCUGUGGGACUGAGGCGCUGGGAAGUCUGGAGCUGGACAGGCCAGCCCCCACUCUAGCCCUGUCUGGACUGUGGUUCAGGGCUGCGGCCAAGGGCCUGUGGGGCGACGCAGCCCUGGGGCACAGCCGGUCUCCAGGGCCGCAGGCAGCUGGCUCUGCCCUUCUGGUCUGGUCAGGCCACAGGCCAGGGUGCCACUGAGACCCGGUGUCUGCGGUGGCUGCUCGGAACAGCUGCGGUCAGUCAAAGGGGUCUCGGUUGCUGGGCUCCAGAGUGAGUUCUGAUCCCAGGAGCCUCCACCAGGAGGGAUGAGCAGUGGAUUGAAGGCCCUACGCACUGUGCCAGGGCCGUGUGCCCACUGGAAGCCCCCUUUCUGUUGGAUCCCCCACACCCCACUCCAGUCUCCCCAGUGUCCACUGAUCAGCUCAGGCACCAGGCAUGAUGUGGGAGUCCAGGGAUGUGAAUUUCAGACCAUGACCCCAGUAGCUUGUGUCCAGGAGGGGCUUGCAGGCUGCAGGCUGCUUAGGCUGGGCAGCCUCCUGUGGGGGUCUAACUCUGGGUCAUCGGUGCUGAACAGCCUCAUGCCUGCCGUGAAUGGCAUGCCAUAUGGUGGAAGGUUUGCCAGGCUCCUCAGGAGGAGCAGGGCUGGACCUCAGUUGUGUCUGUGGCCCACAGCCAAGGGCCUGGCACACAGUAGGUGCUCAACAAUACUUGUGUAUGGAUAUGAUUCCGGGAUGAACAUGCCAUAGAAUCAGUAAGCCCAGACACGGGUUCCAGUACUUUCUCCCCAUUCCCAGUGCAGCCUGGGACUGCCCCGCUCAGACCCUUGAUCUCCUCUUGAACGAAGGGGAGAUGAUAUAAUCUUCUGUUUGUAUAUUACGCUCAGCUGCCUCACUGACCUCUCCAAGUAGAGAGGGCCUGGGCCAGGGUUGUCCUGUCCCCUCCCUGUCGUCUGGGGGUGCGGGCUGCAUAGAGCUGCCAGCUCACAGACCAUGAACAGGUGGGGUUGCUCUGGGCACCCUAACUUCCUCCUCUUGUGGCCCUGCAGCAUCUGGCUCUGGUUUCAAAUCCAGGCCUUGUCCUGGACUUUGAGUGUCCUGGGGCCACUGUGGGCCCGUUUCCCGUUUGGGACGCAGGCCAUAUGGACACGACUGUCUAGGUCUCUGGGUAACGGCCCUCAGUCCAAAGCAGGGCCCAGCACACAGCAGGCCUGCACGUUUCACUGGAAAGCAGAGGGCGGGUGGGAUAUGAGCUGGAUGGAGAGGGGCGAGGGCGCUGCCGUGUGGCCGGUGCCAGAUCAACACCCGGCAGCUUCCGUGCUGCAAGGGCCUUCAGCAUUUAGAGAUGCCCCUUGGGGUCUCGCAUUCAGUCAGUGCUCAAUAAAGAUGCCGGACA